CCCACUUUGACUCUAUUUAAACGAGUAGCACAACCAGCUUCACAUGCACUUUCACAAGUCCCUGAAUCUGAGAAUCAUUCUCGCAGCUUAAAAUGAAGACUAUUGUGAUUGUUUUCCUUGUUGCAGUUGUCUGCAUUCAGUGUGCAACAACAUCAAAACUAAACAUACGCAAAAAGCGAGCCUGGAUUGUGGAUGAACUGUCUAUGGAAGAGGAGCAGACUGGUCCUUUCCCAUACAAACUGGGAGAUUUAAACAUUGAGAAGAAAGUUAUCGAAGAAUACUCCAUUCACGGACAGGGCAUCGAUCAAGAUCCCAAAGGAAUUCUUUCCAUUAACAGGAACGGAACAGUUUACGUUCACGGAAAAGUUGACUAUGAGCAGUACAAGCGACUGAGAAUCAAUUUUUCAAAAGAAAACACAAGGUUUGUUGUGGAUAUUGAUAUUCUGGACGUUAACGACAACACUCCUGUUUUCAAUCGGGACGUGUAUGAACGUGCAGUAGAUGAGUCAACUCAACAAGGUACGCCUCUGGUCACAGUGCUGGCAAAUGACAUUGACCAGUCUGGCACAGCUAACUCAGAAUUUACUUUGAGAAUCCUCUCAGUGUCUCCCUCUACGUCCACCACUCAGUUCUUCAUUUAUCAGAAAAAAGGAGAUCAGACAGGAACCAUGUUUUUCAAGGGAUACUUUGAUUAUGAGAAGGCCCAAACAUACACUAUUCUGGUUGAAGCAAAGGAUCAUGGGGAAAAGGUGCAGCUAUCUAGCACAAGCACAGUGAUACUGAAUAUCAUCGACAAACCCAACUAUCCGAAUCCAGAAUUCGUUGAAAAAACAAAAGAUGCAGCUGACCCCUCAGUAUUCUUGAGACAAGUGGCUGUAAAGGAGAAAUUGGAGACUGGACCGAUGCUAGAGGUUGAUAAACUGACCAUGUGUCUGUCAGAUGAGACAACUGACAUUACAGCUCUCAACCCAGACCUGUACAGCAAACCAUUAUACUUUGAGCUGGCUGGAGACAUCCAGGAAAAAUGGAGGCUUCAGUCUAACUAUGGCACAUCUGUAAAGCUGAUUAAAAAGAGCAGCGUACAUGUGGGCGAUCACAAACUCAUCCUUAAUAUCUCUGACAGCCAAGGCCAGUUUUCACUGCAGACCCUUUCGAUUUAUGUGUGCGAAUGCAAUGAUUCCGCAUACUGCAAAGACCAAGCAGCAAAGCCGAACAUGUUUGCCGUCGCUGCCAUAAUCCUCACCAUCCCGGCGCUGCUGGGUGUCCUGUCGAUAGUGUGUCAGAUGAGAGCAAAGAAACCUGGAAAGUCUCACAUGCAGUUAGUGGAGGAAUCAGAACAAUCUCUUAGUCCUGACGUUGUGGAAACACGUUGAACUCGUUUGCAUGGUUUUACGUCAGAUGAACUUUGCAAGCCACAGCUGGAACUGAGAGGCUGCCAGAAAUUCAGUAUGUCACUGAAUAUGCAGUGAAAAUAUGAAGGACAUAAGGGCGCUAUGUGUCAGACUGCUUGCUUUUACACUGUGAAUUAGGAGGAAGGGCUGGUUUUGGUUUCAAAUGCACAAUCAUACAAUGUGAAUUACUUUAGAAAUAGAUUGAUUUUUAAUUUUGCAUGCUGUGAAUUAAUAUGUAAGUGUCAUAUGAUUAUAUCCAAAUUAUUCAUAAACAGUUCUUAGCACUUGCUUGGACUGGUUAGGUGAUAUUGUACUGAAAUAUUCUUACACUGAUAUGUUUAUAGUGUUUAUAUGAAGGAAUUUCUUUUUUAUA